ACUAUGACCACUUAUGCACAAAACAUCACGGGGUUUGCCACUUUAGGCGUGGGAGGUUAUGUCAUCACUGCCGUCGUCGUCAUUCAUGAGAUGUGCCUGAUAUUGAUAUCGUGAAGUGAAGAGAGUGCUCUUUUGUGCAUAUCUGUUAUCAGAUACAGAUAUACAGAUAGUCUCGAGAAGCGUCUCUUUGAGGAGUCUCGGAUCAGAUCUCACUCCUCCUACUCAUCUCUACUCACUCCACUCAUCUCUACUCAUCCACUUCCCAACACCUCCAUUACUCAUCCGCAUUCUACGUCGUUCUGAUCCGUAAGCACUUGCUCUAUAAGGCCUCCAUCUCCCUGCAAACACACUUCCUCUCCUUAUCCACUUCUCUCCCCCAUGGAUUCAACCUACAACAACCGCACACUCCUCAUCCCCCGAGUCCGCCCUUCCCUCGCUUUCUCCGACCGUAUCAUCCUCCCCCAGUCCGUCCUCGAGCGACUCCUAGACGCCGCCGGCAGAGACCCUCUCCCCUCGCCCCUCACCUUCCGCCUCACAAACCCCGCCACCAACGCUGCGACCCAUUGCGGCGUCCGCGAGUUCUCCGCCCCCGACGGCACCGUCUACAUCUCCCAGCAACUCGCGUCCUCGCUCGGUCUAUCAGCAAAGCAGCUCGCCGAGGCGGCCGCAGUGGCAGACUCCGGCGAGCCAUGGGAUCUGGACGCGCCACCGCCGUCGUUGAUUGUUUCCCGGCAUGAUCUGCCAAAAGGCACGUCCGUCAACCUCCGUCCGCUCGAUAACGACUACCUUGCCAUCGACGACGACUGGAAAGCUCUACUAGAGUCAUCUCUGCAGUCGUCUUAUACAACCCUCACAAACGGCCAGAUGCUCUCAAUCUCUCAUCCCGCGACUCACGCUACCAUGUCCUUCCUGGUCGACAAACUUCAGCCCGAGGACGCGGUCUGCAUCGUCGACACCGACCUCAGCGUUGAUUUCGAAGCUAUAUCGGACGACCAUGCGCGAAAGUCAGUGGCCAAGAGAGACGCGAAGCGGAAAGCAGAUGGCGGGCGGUCAGUCGAGGUAGUAGCCGAUAGCCCCGAGCAGCCAUUAACUGGCGCGUUUUUGGACGCCGAAUCACUCAAAGAUCCAUUUUACUUUGCAUUGAAGAGUUGGAACAAGAGCAAGCCUCUGCGGUUCGAGAUCGAUGUUAUGAAGCUUCAGGAAGAUGAGGAGGUAGACUUAGACCCUCGAUCAGCUGAUCUCUAUAUUUCCGUGGGCGACGAUAGCAAACCGUCAAGCAGGUUUUACGAGUGGUCAACAAUCGUCGAGGAGACAAACGAAAUCACGAUUUUUCCUACAAAUUCACUCCUCGCAUCGGCCGAGCAGAUCCAGAUCGCCGUCGAAAGCUGCGCGUCUCCUCUCCGAUUUUCUCUCAAGAUAACGCAGCAGAUUGCAGAAGAUACCAAUAGUGUUGAAUCGACACCUGCUCCGGACGCUAGAGAGUGUUCAAAUUGUCAUCAAUUUUUUCCGCCUAGGACGUUUCAACUUCACUCGGCAUUCUGCGAAAGAAACAAUGUACUAUCCGCCUGCAUCUGCGGCCAGGAAUUCAGCAACUCGCUCAGUCUUGUGCAUCACAAAACCACAACCUGUCCCCAGAAACUCCACACAUGCCGGUUCUGCCAUCUCCGGCUGCCUCAAGAGGAAGCGUCUGAUUCGCAGUCUGAUCUCCUGGCGGGCUACACCGGCCACGAAUCUCGCUGCGGGACGCGCACGACGGAAUGCCCACGCUGCGGCCGCAGCGUUCGUCUGCGCGACGUCGAUAGCCAUAUGCAGCUACACGAGAUGCAGCGCGUGUCGACGCCGAUGCCGGCGGUAUGUACGAACCCUCUAUGCGUCCGAGUUACGGAAGGCGACGCGGUUACGGCUACGAGCAACAGUCUUGGGCUCUGCCCUUCAUGCUUUGGCCCGCUCUAUUCGCCCAUGCACGACCCCACAGGUGCGCGCCUGAAAAGUCGGAUCGAGAGAAGAUAUUUCAUCCAGCUCUCGACCGGCUGCAAGAAAAGCCUGUGCGAGAACAAGCAGUGCGCGACCGGUCGCGCGAAUCUGGGAAUGGACAAGUACGCGCCGGGCGAGGUUCCCGCGGUGGUCUCUGAGCUGGUGCAGAGCGGGAAACUCCAGUUCUGCGUGGACGACGGGAUGACGAGACGGAGGAAGCUCGUGGACUGGAUUGCAGAAGACCGGGAGUUUGCGAGACCGUGGAUUUGCAAGGCGGUUAAUGAGAUUGGAGUUAGUGAAGGGGAGGAGAGCGAGAGCGAGGCUGCGGUCAGGAAUUGGCUUGCGGCGAAUGGAGUUAGGAUUAGUGAAGCGCGAUAGAGUGUAUAUAUGUGUAUAUAGUAACGAGAUCUACGAUUGUUUGCAUGGUAUAUAUACAAGAUAUAUACAACAAUUCAACUACAGACAGACAUCCAGCGGUCAUCAGCGAGCAGACAAAGAAAGGUCGGGUAAACCCGUAUUCCGGGUAACAAAUCUCUGCACAACCGCACAAA